AUGCAUGACAGUGUCCUCGGCUCUCGGCUUUUGAGUCUACAUGGGCUUCUUAGAAGGUAUGCCCUAUGCGAACUCGACAUGAAGAAAAUAUCUUGGAUAUUACUUGCAAAAGAGAUAGAGCAUACCACAACUAAUGGUGGCGUUUUUGGGCUUGUUUUUGGGAAUGAGAAUUCUUCAAGUGAGGAUAGUUAUGUUGAACGCUUACUUGACCGGAUAAGCAAUGGUAAACUAGCAGAGGACAGAAGAAAUGCUAUUACUGAGCUUCAGGCUAUUGUAUCAGAAAGUCAAGCUGCCCAAUUAGCAUUUGGGGCAAUGGGCUUUCCUGUAUUGCUAAGUGUCUUAAGGGAAGAACGAGAUGAUGUUGAGAUGGUCCGUGGUGCCCUGGAAACUCUUGUAAGUGCGUUGACUUCUAUCAGUCAUGCAAAAGUAUCAAGCAAUGAAGUUCAGUCAGCUUUGAUGAACACUGAUUUGCUUUCCAGAGAAGCGGAAAGUAUCUCUCUUCUUCUAAGUUUGCUGACAGAGGAUGAUUUUUACGUACGAUAUUACACUCUGCAACUAUUAACUGCCCUUCUCACUAAUUCUCCACAGCGUAUCUUGGAAAGCAGAAUUGCUAAGUUCCACUUCAGGUUACAGGAAGCUAUAUUGACCAUUCCUCGUGGUAUCACUCGGCUAAUGGACAUGCUUAUGGAUCGUGAGGUAAUAAGGAAUGAAGCAUUGUUACUUCUUACUCACCUUACCCGUGAAGCUGAGGAGAUUCAAAAAAUUGUUGUGUUCGAAGGUGCAUUUGAGAAGAUUUUCGGUAUCAUUAAAGAGGAGGGAGUUUCUGAUGGUGGUGUGGUUGUACAGCACAUGGCGGCGGUUGGCCAUGAGUCAGGCAAUGUAGUGGAUGCUGGAGAAGGGCAAUUCAUUCACAGGGUUGUGUUAGAGGACUGUCUUGAAUUGUUGAACAACUUGCUUCGUAGUAAUGCAUCCAAUCAGGUACUGCUUAGAGAGACUAUAGGACUUGAUUCAUUGAUAUCAAUUUUGAAGCUGAGAGGAAGUGGUUAUACUUUUACUCAACAAAAGGGAGGUUCGGAUACUGAUCCUGGGAAAGAUCUGAAUAAACAGACAAACAAGAAAACUCUGAUUCAGAAAAAGGUAUUGGAUCAUUUAUUAAUGAUAAGUGUUGAAAGCCAAUGGGCACCUGUUGCUGUUCGCUGUGCGGCUUUGAGGUGUAUUGGUGAUCUGAUUGCUGGAGAUUCUAAGAAUUGUGAUGUUCUUUCUAGCAAAUUUCUUGGAGAGGAGCCACAAGUUGAACCUGCUCUGAACUCUAUACUUAGAAUCAUUUUGAGGACUUCUAGUAUGCAAGAGUUCAUUGCAGCUGAUUUUGUUUUUAAAAGCUUUUGUGAGAAAAAUGUUGAUGGACAAUCAAUGCUGGCAUCUACACUAAUUCCACAACCAUUUUGCAUGAAUGACGCACCCCUUGAGGAGGAUGUCAAUAUGUCUUUUGGAAGCAUGUUAUUACAUGGUCUUACUUUGGGUGAAAACGAUGGUGAUCUUGAGGUUUGUGGCAGGGCUGCCAGUGUUCUAUCACAUGUAUUGAAAAACAAUCUUCACUCCAAGGAAAGGCUACUGAAGUUCUCAUUGGUCUUACGAAUUGAAAUAGAGGCACCCGUCCCAUCCAUUGGAUCUCCAGAGCCACUAAUGCAUCGAAUGGUGAAAUAUUUGGCCCUUGCCUCUUCCAUGAAAAGCAAAGAUGGAAAGUCUAGGUCUUCAGGAAACUCAUAUAUUCAAGAAAAUAUCUUAAAAUUACUGAUUACAUGGCUAGCUGAUUGCCCUGAUGCAGUUCAUUGUUUCCUAGAUGCUCACCCCCACAUUACAUAUCUUCUUGAGCUGGUGUCAAAUUUGUCAGAAACAGUGUGUGUAAGGGGUUUGGCAGCAGUUGUCUUGGGUGAAUGUGUCAUCUAUAAUAAAUUAACUGAUAGUGCGACGGAUGCAUUUGCCAUUGUUGAUAUGACGAGUAAAAAAAUUGGGCUUGGUUCGUACUUUUUAAAGAUUGAAGAGAUGCAGAAAAGUUUAGUUUUUGCCAAUCUGGAGUCUUCUCUGAACCGUAAAUCAUUCACUAGAUCUUCAGCAGCUAGUAUGGAAGAUAUUGCAGAUUCCGACAUCAAUGAUCUGUCUGAACAGAAAAAUAUGAACCAUACUAUUCUGUCUUCAAUAUUGGAUUCUUAUUUUGUGAAUCUUGUCAAAGGACUGGAGUCAGAUAUCAGGGAACAAAUUGUGGAGGUAUUUAGCCAUCCAAAAAUGAAGGUGGCAGCAGUACCAGCAGAAUUAGAGCAGAAGAUUGGUGAAAAUGAUCUUGAGUACACAAAGCGGCUGAAAGCUUUCCUUGAGAAGCAAUGCUCUGAAAUACAGGACCUCCUUUCGCGGAAUGCUACUUUGGCAGAAGACCUGGCUACGAAAGGUGGGGGUGGUAAUUUUCAAUUAGAGCAGAGAGUAAGUGAGAGCUCAGAUAAAGUCCAAAUAAAUGCACUUAGUAGGGAUCUACAAGAAGCAACUAAAAGAUUGGAGAUACUGAAAGCAGAAAAGGCAGAAGCUGAGUCUGACACAAGGAAGUACCGGAGUUUAGCUGAAAAGAUGGAAGCCGAUCUAAGGAGUCUUUCCGAUGCCUACAAUAGUCUUGAGCAAUCUAACAUAGAACUGGAGAAGCAGGUGCAUUCAAUGAAGAAUGGAGGACCGUCAACAUUCCUAGAUGUGGAUGCAAUAAAAUCUGAAGCAAGGGAAGAAGCUCAGAAGGAAAAUGAAAGUGAACUAAAUGAUCUGCUUGUAUGCCUAGGGCAAGAGCAGAGUAAGGUGGAUAAACUUAGUGCUAGAUUGCUAGAGCUAGGGGAGGAUGUUGACAAACUGCUUGAAGGUGUUGGAGAUGAUGUAGGGAAUGUUGAAGAUGAGGAGGAAGACACUGAAUAA